UUCUAGUUUAAGAGUUCAACGUACCUCUGGUCAUAUAUUCGUACCAAAAUUCGUACUCGUGCUCGUACUUUGGUACAAGUACAAGCAAAAAAUAGGGGUGGUACGAAGUACCAGUACGAGGCCAAAAUUGAAAUUUAUGAUACUGUAAUUGAGCUCAUAAUUUUGGACUCAUAAUCUAGACCAGAGCCCUAUUUUUAUUUAAUCAUGAUUAUUAAAUUUUUUUUAGAUUUUUAAAAUUUAUAAAUUAAUAAUGAAUGUUGGAUCACGUUUAUUCGCUUUAUUCUUCAUUUUAGUUGUCAAUCUUUCCUUCUUUACUGAAGUCGAUUCCAUUUUAUGGCGACCAGGAAUCGGACAACCAAGACGUUCAGUUCCAAACCAUGAAGUUAGAGCUAAACGUGUUGUUGUGUAUCCUAUGGACUGGCCUACUCAUUCUUAUCGACCAGGACGUUCUGUGUCAGACCAAGACAGAGCUAAACGUGUUGUUAUUGGUCACCCACCUCGAUUUGGACGUUCAGUCCCAAUCCAUGAAGUUAGAGCUAAACGUCAUGCCACAGCAAUGGAUUCAAUCAUUGCACCGCCAGAAAAAAUGCGAGUUGUAAGAGGUGAUUAA